CGCAUGCUAUAAGAGAAAACAGUGUUCCUUCCGACGAGGAGAGAUCGCGGACACGCGCGCGUUCCAGAGAGAGAGAGAGUGUAUAUGUGCGUGUUUGAGGGCGAGAAGGAGAGGGAAAAAGUGUGGAAGAGAGAGAGUGAGAGAGAGAGUGAGUGAGUGAGUGAGAGAGGACAACGAUGACAGGGAUAGGAGAGAAAGGGAAGAAGGGAGAGUAAAGAGUAUACGGGGAAACAACCCCGGUAGCCGAGACACCGAAGGGUGUAGCGUGAUUCCGAUUUCUUAAUAUCUGUUUCGUUGGUGUACGUUUUCUCGGCUCAACGUUCCGGAGGACCUGACAAUGGUACUUCAACUAAUUCUCCGUUUCCGUUUUGUGACAUCGCAAGAUGCGACGAAGAUCGGCAAGGACAAGGGAAAGAACGGCAAGGACGGCGAGACAAGUGACGAGGCAAACAAGGUAGCAGGAGGGCCACCGGUGACCAGUGCACCACCGCCACCAACGCUGAUCAACAAGAUCAAAUAUCAACCCGGAGGUCCUGUGAUAAAGAAAGAUAAGCGGCAAAGUAGCUCAAGGUUUAACAUAUCGAAAAAUCGCGAACUUCAGAAGCUGCCCCUUUUGUCUGAAACACAACAAGGGAACGAAAGGGAAGAACUAUUUAUCCAGAAACUACGGCAAUGUUGUGUGUUGUUCGAUUUCGAAUCCGAUCCUUUAUCGGAUUUAAAAUGGAAGGAGGUGAAGCGUACCGCCCUAAACGAAAUGGUCGAGUAUGUCACCAAGAACAAGAAUGUGAUCACAGAGGCGAUUUAUCCUGAAGCGGUGAACAUGUUCGCAGUAAACUUGUUCCGCACUCUUCCACCGUCCUCGAACCCAAAUGCGGCAGAGUUCGACCCGGAAGAGGAUGAGCCGACGUUAGAGGCGGCCUGGCCUCACUUGCAACUCGUUUACGAGUUCUUCUUGCGAUUGCUGGAAUCUCAAGAUUUUCAGCCGUCCAUCGCAAGACGUUACAUAGACCAAAAGUUCGUGCUGCAGCUAUUGGAGUUAUUCGACUCGGAAGAUCCACGGGAGAGAGAUUUCCUGAAGACUACCCUUCAUAGGAUUUAUGGGAAAUUUUUGGGACUCAGAGCUUAUAUCAGAAAACAAAUAAACAACGUUUUCUAUCGAUUUAUAUAUGAGACCGAACAUCAUAAUGGUAUCGCUGAACUUCUCGAGAUUUUGGGAAGUAUAAUAAACGGAUUCGCAUUGCCACUGAAGGAGGAACAUAAAAUAUUUCUAUUGAAGGUGCUAUUACCUUUGCACAAAGCCAAAUCGCUCUCUGUAUAUCACCCUCAGUUGGCAUAUUGUGUAGUUCAAUUUUUGGAAAAGGAUCCAUCUUUGACCGAACCUGUUAUCAGAAGCCUCUUGAAGUUUUGGCCGAAAACACAUUCCCCGAAGGAAGUCAUGUUUCUAAACGAACUCGAAGAGAUCCUGGACGUGAUCGAACCGGCGGAAUUCCAAAAAGUUAUGGACCCAUUGUUUAGACAAUUAGCAAAAUGCGUAUCAUCUCCACAUUUUCAGGUGGCUGAAAGAGCUCUCUAUUACUGGAACAACGAAUAUAUCAUGUCCCUUAUAUCGGAUAACUAUUCUGUCAUUCUGCCAAUCAUGUACCCAGCAUUUUACAGAAAUUCCCGUAAUCAUUGGAACAAAACCAUUCAUGGUUUAAUCUACAAUGCACUGAAAAUUUUUAUGGAGAUGAAUCAAAAAGUAUUUGAUGAAUGCACGCAACAGUAUUAUCAGGAUCGUCAGAGAGAGAGGAAGCUAAUGAAGGAUAGGGACGAAGCGUGGUCGCGUAUUGAGCAAUUAGCAAUGAAACAUCCAGCUUACAACACGACUAUAAAGGGUAUACAGCAGAAUACAAUGUCUAGUACGAUAUCACAGCAGCAGUUAGACAGUCCACCGCCUGACGAGGACGGAGAUACGGACCAAACUCCGCUCACAUUGGAGAAGAUAGAAGCGAAAGCGAACGAGGCGAAGAAAAUGAAUAAUUCCAAUAAAGCGAAGCCACUUCUGCGAAGGAAAAGUGAUUUACCCCAAGACACAUACACAAUGCGGGCAUUGUCCGACCACAAACGCGCCGACGAAUACCUCGUCACUCCACCGGAUCCCAACAAUUGCUAGUCUCUACCGCAAUUUCUUCCCAUGUAUCCUCUCUUUUGCUGUAGUGAUAUUGGGAGUUAGCUUUUUCGAAGAACGAGAGUAGUACGAAACAGCGAUGAGUCGGAUUCUAAUUGAUGGACAUUAUCACACUCGACGGGGAACCGUCUGCAGAACAGAGAUUGAUCGUAUAGAGAAGCCAACAAUGUCGUAAUUAUCUCUUAUUCCCUUCCCCAAAUACCUCCUCCUGUAUCGAAACUAACGAGAUGUGUAUUGCAAGAUAUCUUUUUCUUUAUAUCUCGGUAAACGAAAAAAAAGCUUUCUCUCAUUGCACCCAGCACUUUCGGAAGAUGUAAUCCGUGUCCGUAGUAGAUUACUAUAAAGAAAAGGAAAAAAUGCUGAUAACUUCCUAUAUACUCUUCGAGUUGAUUUACAUAAGAUAUUGCGAGAAUUAUGCAGAUAUUACGUAAUUGCUAAUAAAAAAAGAAAAAAUCAUGGAGAUGUGAAGAACCUAGUGAAUAAGGGCCCUAAGUAUAUUUAGGGUGUCUUAGUAACUUUGUUUCAGGUCGAUGUAUCCAUUAUUUUUAUGAUACUGCCAGACGAACAAAUUUUUCAGUUCACGUAUUGUAAUGUAAAAUAUUCUUCCUCGGAAUCAUAUUCUUCGAUAUUCUCUUUUCCGUUUCUCUUCGUAUUAUUAAAAGUAACGAGUAUAUUCUCUUUUGAUAAAGUUACUGAGUCACUCUGUAUAUAUGCACACAGAGUAUUUUAUAAAUUGUAGAUUUCUUGCGUAUGGGGAAGUCUAUCGCUGACAAUAAGACAGUUUUCUCGCAUCCAUAAGUACUCCCUGACAUUCUUAAAUUGUCUAUUGUAUUCGACAUGAAAUCCAGACGUAAACAUCAAAUUCUGUAUCAGAGUUUACAUAAAUGAAAACCCGUUUACGUUCGUUUUUAAGAUGUAUGUUGUCUUGCUUUUGGCGGGGGAUUCUCUUCAUAUCAUAGGAAUGUAUGAUUUAUCAAAAACCCUCUCACUCUAUACAUAUUCCAAAUAAACAAAAAAGUUUUAUACGAAUACAACGCGGUCACGAUACAAAAGCGGUCAAAGAGGAUUGACCACUUGCUUGAUGUUGUAUUAAUAAUGAUAAAAAAAAAAGCAAAUUUUAGUAUGCAUUGUCCAAGGCGCUACUCUUCUGAGCGAGGUUCCCAUUGAUGCGCAAACGACAGACAUUAAAUAACAUACAAGUGAUAUAUAGUUGCUUCAAACGCUACCAGCUCGUAACUUAGCGGCAAAUAAAAAAGUGGAAGAAAAGUGAAAAAAUUGCAAAAAGAAGUGAAAACAUCGUUUUAGAGUUAGAUGAACGUGAUAGCACUAUUUUAGAAUAUCGAUUGUUACAAAUCUGAAUAUUCCUGAACGUACUACUUUUAUAUCUGUCGUGCCUAGAUGCCUGUGGAACGCAUUCGCAAGAAUCGCCUCUGCCAGAGGCCUAUAAUUAAGAAUCGUUAAACAAAAGAAGAAGAAAAAGAAGAAAUAAUAUGCAACGAGUUAUAAGCGCGACGUUAUCGAAUAGUAUAAUCGUCAUCAUAAAUCUUUCCCAAGUCCCAAGGACGUUUAAGUGAACGUUGCGUCGUUGCCCUCGUCAGUUUGAGAAACAAAAACGAAAAGAAAAACGUUAUAUUAGUUCGUUGCUAACAAAAGAGAAAAAACGUAAUGGGAGAAGAAGGCGGAGGAUAGAAAGAAAUAAUGAAGUUUAAAAGAGAAAAGAACGAUCUAAGCGAGAUAACCAUUUAGUCUUUACGCUGCUGGCAGGCUGUUAUGUUUAAACAUUGUAAGGGAUGAAACUUGUUGAGAAUAGAAAUACGAUUAGCACUUAUUAAAACGACGGAAAUUAAAGCCAAAUGAGAUAAAUAUAAAAAGAAGAAAAAUUUAUUUACUAUUUAAUCGUCCCUUCAGAAGGAGAAUGGCUGUUUUUGUUAUGAAAACCAUAAAAUAUGGGUAUUCUUGUCGAUAAUAAUUUUUAUUAUCAAGUGCAGUGUAAUCUCGAUAGACUUCAUUGAAUCGGUGCGAAUGUGUUUGGAUUUUUGAAAGAUUUGAUUGGAAACACUGUAUCUUGCGCAACAAGUAUUUAAUAAUAAAAGUAUUUUUAGUAAAA